UUAUUAUUAUUAUUUUAACUUAAAAAGUUUAAGUUAAAAAUUAAACUAAGCCAAACUCUUUACGGUUUAGUUUGGUUUUCAGUUGAAUUAACCUUUUGUUUCUCCCAUAAGAGGUGAAAACAAGUAGGAAAUUAUUUAUCAUGGGCUCAUUUGUUCAUAACAUGAAAUCCUGGCAUCAAUUAAUUAAUCAACUUCAUUUAUGACAUUCGGUAGAUUUGGUUACAGUGAGGUGAGUCAGCUUUCUUAACAAAUAGGAAACUUGACAAAAACACUUGACUAAAGGUGGCCCAGUGCUUGGUACUUUAAAAUAUUAAAAACAAUGAAACAAAAACACUGAAAGCAGACUUAUAUGUAGGGCCAAAUUUGUACUAAGGAGAACUUAGAUAAUGUGAAUUUUCUUAAAAUUCGGCUUCACAGCUAAGCAGUAAACAGUUACCCGGUGUAGGCUAGAAUCUAUUAUCAACAAGCUGGUGAAUGCAUGUACAUACUGUGAUGAUGGCAUCACACCCUGCUAACCACCACAUGUCUGUGUCAGUGCUUCUGAUGAGGUAACCCUGUGGUCAGCGUGUAAUAGAAUCCCCCGACUGAGAGAUGGCCUUCUUCAAGAGCUUCCAGCCGACCCUGCCGUCUGUCAACAUUUCUUCCAUCCUGGACUCAGUCACCAGUCGUGUGGAUGAUCUGGCCAACGCAGUCAGCGAUGCCACAUAUGCCGUCAGCGACCAGCUCACCGAGCAGGUUACCACCAUCAUCAAUAAGGUGCAGGAGGAAGAGGAGGGGGAAAACAGCAGGAGCCAGGAUGCUGCUCAGGCCUCCGGCUCGCAAGAGGGCAGGGCCAGUAAUAAAAGCAUGUGGCAAAUGAAGAGAAACUCAGACGCUGGCCAGACCGGGUCGAAAAACAACCAAAACAGCGACGCAACCGAGGGACAGAACUCCCAGAGUCAACUGGAGUGGGAAUGGAGGGACGGAUGCUGGCGAGUUAAAAAGACGGAGGCCGAGCUGGCAGAAGAAGAGAUGAGGAAGAAGGAGGAGAAGGAGAUGCAGGAAAAAAGAGAGCAGAGAAGAAAGGAGAGGCGAGAGAGGCAGCUGGAGAAAGAAGCAGAAGCCAAAAGAAACAGAGAGGAAGCCAACGAAGGAGGGAAGGAAGAGGAAGAUGAAACUUCUGAGAAGACAGAUGACAGAGACGGACAAGAAAGGAAGAAAAAUGAGAGUGAAGAUCCAAUAUCUGCUCAGCAAAAAAGUGAUGAGUGCGAUAAAACUUCUUACUUAGCUGACAGCGAAAUAGAAACAAAGACAUCAAAACAGGAGGAGGAAAAAGACGGGGAAGCCGAAGAGGGGCAGGAGAGAGAAGCAGACAAUGAGGAAGAGGACGAGCCAUCUAGGUCAUCGUCUAAAGUCAAAAAGAAGAAGUCGGAUAAGAAAAAGGACAAAGAGAAUUCAAAGAAACCUGAGGAAAACUUAGAUGUGGAGAAAAAGAAAGACAGAAGCAAGAAAAGCAAGAAGAAAAAGAAAGGAAACCAAGAUGGAGUUGUAUCAAACAGCGAAGAAGAUAAAAGCCCGGAGGGUGUGACCCAGCAGAACAUAACGUCUGCGUGGAGCAAAGGCAAACAGUCCAGUGAGCAGGGAGGGUACAGCAGUGAGGCCUCCAGCGAACAGGCUGCCAGUAUUCAGAGGAUAAAGAAAGACUCCUCUCUGACUGAGCUCCAGCCUCCGCCGUACCAACACGUGAGCUCAGGCACACGCAAGUCCUCACGCUCAGAACGAGGAGUCAGGAGACCGCCGUCCCCGCAGCAAUCCGACAGCCCUCGCUGCUCCAGCGAGGCCAGCGUGGAGCAGGACACCGAGAGUUACCUCAACAAAGGCUGUGAGGAGGACAUUCCCAGUGACAGCACUGCUGUUCUGAGCCCAGAGAACGGUUCUGGUCUCCAGCUUCCUUCGGCCUACGAGCCAGAGCCCAUCGCACAAUACGGCACGCUGGACGUCGCCUUCGAAUACGAUUCUACUGAGCAGUGGUUGGCCGUCACGGUGACGGCCGCCACCGACAUCCCCGCUCUGAAACAGACGGGCAACAUCGCCUGGCAGGUCCACCUGGUCCUGCUCCCCACCAAGAAGCAGCGGGCCAAAACGGGCGUGCAGAAGGGUCCGUGUCCCGUUUUCACGGAAACAUUCAAGUUUUCCCGGGUGGAACAGGAGGCCCUAGGGGACUACGCCGUUCGCUUCCGCCUGUACAGCAUCCGACGGAUGAAAAAGGAGAAGGUCCUGGGAGAGAAGGUGUUCUACCUGACUAAGCUGAACUUGCAGGGGAAGAUCGCUCUGCCCGUCACGCUGGAGCCUGGCUCUGAACUUACAGGUUGUGGCUCUCUUGUAAGUGUGUCUCGUAGCGCAGGUGCUUUGUCCUACCGCUCCACCGAAGACUCAUCGCUGCCAGAGAUCCUCCUGGGUCUCAUUUAUAACUCUGCCACAGGACAGCUUUCUGCUGAGGUUAUACAAGGAAGCCACUUCAAAACUACAGCUUCUGAUAAACCUGUCAACGGUCUGUUUUGUUGUGUGAAACACUUCGUAGGGGGACAGCUGUAUAUCAUGAGAGACACCUACGUUAAGCUGACCAUGCUGGACUCCAAGGGCAAAGAGAUGUCCAAGCGCAAGACGGCCGUGUGCCGCGGCCAGCCCAACCCCACCUACAAGGAGACGUUUGUCUUCCAGGUGGCGCUCUUCCAGCUGUCCGAGGUGUCGCUGGUGGUGUCCGUGUUCUGCAGGCGGAGCAGCAUGAGGCCCAGGGAGAGGCUGGGCUGGGUCUCCUUGGGCCACAGCAGCACCACCGAGGAGCAGCAAUCCCACUGGACAGAGAUGAGGGAGGCAGAGGGGCAGCAGGUCUGCCACUGGCACACUCUGACCGACACCUAGGAGACGCUUUAUGAGGAUUUAUGGAGCAACUGUAAAGAGCAUCCAACGCUCUGGAAGAGCAGGAAACACCUUCUGCGUACGAGUGUUCUUGUGUGCGGUGAAUUCAGGUGUGAGGGUGGGCGCUGCUUCCCGGUCCUCAUUGCCAGACUGCAUGGCUGCCCUGUAACCUGCCACAGGGCUGAUUUCAUGGAGAAGGAUUCAUACGUCCGACUCCAGCCUUUUGAACGACACACUGUUAAAAAAAAAAACAACAAAAAAAAAACACUGUAAAGUAAAAGUAAAAACAAUUUGUUUUCUAUUAAGAGAUUAUUUUCACCAAGUGUUUACAGGACCAACAUGACGCAACACCGUCCAGACGGCUUCAGCCUUUGAAUCUCGGACCAAAGAGUUUGGUCCCGGACCGGCAAGACUCCUUCCAAUUUUUUUCUGGGCUUCAGCUAUCACCAGCAUACCAGACAUUUCUCCAGCACUGACAAAUGAAGAUGCAAAGAGUGGACUAUUGUUACAAGAGUCCUGCAACAUGCUGCAACUUAUGCUUACGAGCUGUUCUUUUUACGAUAUGUUUACAUGCACACUGCAUUAUGCAAGAUAAAUUAGUUGGUUUGCUCCGUUUUUUUUUUUUUUUAAUGAUUUUUGGAGAACUAUCUUUCAUGGUUUUUAUAAAUCAUUUGCAUAACUCUGAAACACUAUGCACAUGACGCAGGAAGGGUGCACUUCUUCCCUGCGCUUGCCGAGUCUCCCACGGGAUUUGGACGCAGCUCUGCAUGCCGUGUGCACUGAAGGACAGCUUCCCUUCCUGUGUAACACAGACUGAGCCCGUUUCACCGUUCAGCCUUCUGACAGCUCUGCCAUGUUCGUUCAUGUAGAAACACGGCGCAUCACGCCGGGCCGAGGAGGAGUAUGCAAAAGACCGCACAGUCCCAAUAAACUGGGAGGGCAGCGCUGAUGGCAACCUCAGCUGUGCUUCCUGAGCUGAAGCGAGGAAUAAAGAAAAAAAAAAACAACAGAGUUAAAGACAGAAGAAUCAUAUUCUUUUUUAUAUAUAUAUAUACCUAAUUGAAAAUAUGUUUCAUAAAGGCUAAACAAAUAUUUGGCAGGAGCGGUGUAAGAUUCUACCUGUAUGCUAAAAUGCUGAUCUGUGAGAGCAGCUGUGAGCUAGAAAGAAAUAAAAAAAAAUCUUCCCUGAGGACAAAUGUAAACUCCAGAGUCACACCCUUCCCUCCACCAGCUGGCUCGGCUUCAGAGGCGUGGGCUGCCCGCUCUGCUCUCGUUCUGUCGAAGCGUGCUGCGGUCGCACCUCAUCAGUGGUAUUAAUUUCAAAUUAACGAAGAACGCAUCCAGAAUUACUAACGGUUCAUUUUUUUUUAUUUCUUUUAUUAAAAGAGAUUGCUUGAGUGUAAAAAAUGAAAUCAUUCCACUGUUGUUUCUACCCCCCCUUACUUCUUUUUCCUUUGGCAUUUUCACUAGAUUAGAAAACAUGUUUCAAAGUCCAUGGCGCAGGGAGAUUGUGAAAUCUGGACUGGAUUAUUCCAUAUUAAACUUGAGUUCUUUUGUUAAUAGUUUGAUAUGUUUUGUUGAUAAAAUUUCCCCCCCAUAAAAUGAAGUGUCAGUGCUUUAUUUGGCAUGUUAACACACAUGGGUCCAGUUUAAAUGAUGUGUGAGUGACUAAAAAUGAAAACGAUUAAGAGUUUGGAGAAAAACUUAGGUUUUGAAGUUACUUUAUUCCAUACUGAACCAGACACGGAAAAUUGAGUAAAACCUUCAGUGCCUUCAUAGGAACUGGGAUUAAGGGAAAAAUAUGACACUGUUAACACUCAAUUUCAGUGUCAGUAGGUAAUUAUUAGGGGAAUUCAACUUCUGCUUUAUUUGCAUGUUUUACAGUUUGUCUUUUACAAGCCCACAUCCCAAUUAUCAUAUGCUGUUGAGACCCUUUGAAUAUUUCCAGCUGAAGUUUUUUGCAAUUGUGAAGAAAUGUUUUCAGUUAAUUUUGCUCAUUGAAAUAGUCACAUACUGUGUUUGCAAAAGUGUUUGUACCCAAACUGUCAGUUUGUAUUAAAUUUUUAUUUAUCUAUUUCAGGUUUCGUAUGAUAGUCCAAAACAAAGCGGCACAGAAUUGUGGAGAGAAAAAUGACAAAUGGUUUCCGACGGCUUUUGCAAAAAAAGAAGAAAAAAGAAAGUGGUUUGCGUUUUGUACUCCGACACCCAUAAAUAAAAUCCAGGAUUCUCCUAAUUGGUAAACAGUCCAGCUGUUCAGAGGGUUUGCUGCAGAAAAUUAUUCAACAAACAGAAUCAUUAAAAACCAAGAAAAGCACUGGGCAGAUAAAGACUUUUAAUGCCCAAAGUGAAGAGCCGUGGUGGCAGCAUCAUGGUGUGGGAGCGCUGUUCCUCCAGAAAGGUAGACAAACUAGUCAGAACUGAUGGGAAGUUAGAUGGAACUAAAUACAGAGCGACUGUGGAAGAAAACCUAUUGGCGGAGGCAAAGAUCUGGAACUGAAGAGAGGAUUCCCCUUUCAGCAGGACAACAGCUCUGGACAGAUGGCCAAAGUUACAAACGAAUGAACAUGCUGUGACUCGAGACAAAGUACUGACCUAAACCUAAUUGAGAAUCUGUGCCCCACAGCUUGAAAACUGCUCAGCAAAAAUUUUUUUUUGUGUUAUUCAGAGGGAGCUGAAAACAUAUGGACGACAAAAAACUUCCAGAUUUAUUUCUCGUUAAAAACGUUGAAAACCAGAGAAUCGUUUUACGUUCACAGCUGCUUUGUGUUGGUCCGUUUCAAAAAAAAAAAAAAAAAAAAAAAAGAUGUUUGUGGCUGUAAGGUGACAAAAUGUACUAAAACUCAAGAGGUAGGAAUUCCCUUUGCGAAAGUCAAAAGACGUCAGUAGACAUAAAAAUGAGGACAUGAGUCGAGAACUUUUUUUUUUUAUUAGACAAGUUUUUAUUCCCAUUCAUCUGGCCUUUGAAUGGCAUGUCUGACGCCGUCAUCAGUCUGACAGCACAAGCAGCGGUGCAGGUAGCUGGAGCCAGACCAAGGAGCGCAUAUUUUCAUCAAUAUUUACACCUUGCAGGGUGACUGCAGCCUUUUAGAUUGAUUCUGCUUCAAGCCACAGAAAACUAGUUGUGCCACUGAUGCUUGAAGGGGGGGCGGAGGGGGGGAAUACACGGAGGGAGAAAUACUGACCCAAACUGAGCCCUUAGGACUUGGUCAGAAUCGAAAGGUAAUUACAUAUAUCCUGGAACAAGGGCCAGGCUGCUUGUAAUAGCAGAGGAAUAAGGAAAUGUGGUUUUGUUUUUUUUUGGUCGUUUUGCAACACGUCUAAUAAAAAACGACUCCAAUUUAGUCUAAGGAAAACAGGCCUGAUUCCAUACAUUUGGCCCUCGAGUCAGAGGCACCACAAGGCUUUCAUUGGCAGCAACAUUAAUGGGAUGUCUCUUUUAGGUUGGGAUCCGAGUGAUCAGGAACAAGCGACCACAACAUUAUGGUUUUAUUGCAUGUCUUAUCAAGUUUAAAAACAGCCUUUUUAAUAACAUCAUUAAUAAAUAUACACAAUGUUGUGAAAGUUCCAUAAAAGCAUCCUCACAGAGUACAAAUGCUGGGAAAGAACACCAAUUUGAGCUUCCAUUUUCUUUUUUUUUUUGCUCCUCCGAGUUUUAUAUUAAGAUUACAGAAAAUUAACCGACAGUCAAAUAACGAGAGACUUUGGAUUUAUAAUACAUGAUGGGUUAGGCUUCGGUGGUUUGAUGAGGGUCGUACCGUUCUGCAUCCCUUUAGUGAGCACCUUGCAGAUUUAUGCCGUGUAGCUGCAGACAUCGUACUCAUUUGGCAAAAACAAACAAAAAAGAAACA